CCUGCACGAGCGGUUCUAAGAGCAUUUAUAUCCCAUGUCCCCCGCUGUCCGUUGUGUUUGUCGACCUCGACUUCGAGUGGUGCCAGAUCUAAACUCCUCUCAUCCGCGUAUUCAGCUCCCGUCGGCGCUGUUCAGCCGCCGUACCCCAACAACUCCUACCACAAAAGCACUACUGUCCUUUGCCAGAAUGUCUAGCACUUCUACAAAGGAAUGGCUCGUCCACGUGCCAGACUUCCCUGGCGCUCUCGAGAAGCGUCUCGCCGCUCGACCGACACACCUGGGCAACCUCAAACCGGCGGUCGAGGCAGGAAAGGUGGUCUUUGGAGGAGCAACGCUGUCCAAACAGCCCGCUGAUGGGGCAGCGCCAGACAUGACGGGUAGUGUGAUGUUGAUCAAGGCCGAUACUGAGGAAGAGGUCCGCAAGGCGCUCGAGGAGGAUCCAUACACGGCAGGCGGCGCAUGGGAUGUCAAAAACGCGACCAUCUGGCCGUUCAAAUGUGCAGUGAGGACUGCCAUGUAAGCAAGGGGGGCCAAGAUGGGCACGGGGCAUUCAUGAAAGACGACGAGUGACGAGCCAUGGCAACUUGAUCGAACAAGGGAUGAGUUUUCCGACUACUUGACUCGAGGCCUAGGAGAAAUGAGCGCCGCAGUCAAAGAUGGGACACAAGAAUAUGGGAAAAGAUCCAAUGGAAACAUAACAUGACCGGGAUGUCUCCUUGAAGCUGAGUCCUAUUUUCUUUCUCGAUGGAAUUCUUCGUCGAGGCUAGCUGCAUGGCUGUUUCCGGGGCAAAGGGGGAGUUACACCUCAUGGUUGGUCUGAAUGAAGAUGUUGUUGCCCCGGGACGCGAGAUUCUCUGUCCAACAUUGAAGAUCUUCAACAAGUCAAGGGCCACAUUUCAAUCAUUAUGAAACAGUUGAUAUCACUGAUAAAUACCAGUGAGCGGGACUGAUUCAGCAACAUUGAAU